GGUCGCCUGAGCUCUGACGUAGCGCUUCGCCUCACGCCCAACCCUGGAAUGGAAGCUCCCCGAAGUCGCAACACAACGGUCAGCUCUCUCUUCGACCCCUGCUUCGACACACCGUUCUCGCUCAACCGCGACGUUGAAACGCCAUGAAGAUACCUCCAUUUCCCGAAUCAACAUGACCGAAAGCUCGCCACAGCCCGGCGACAAUGAUACACCUGAUCAGACGAUAAAACCAAAGUCGAGUCCCCAAUCUCUACCCGACCGAGCCACUGGCGCGGCAGGAACAGAGGGAUCCACGCGUGUUCACGCUUCCUCUGGCGAUGGCGCGGAAAUUGGAGAUGACCCAGGAGGGUCUGUAGCGCAGUCUAGUGGGGAUGAAGAUGGUAGCGACGACGAGGAAGAGGGCGACGACGAUGGCGAUGAUGAUGGCGACGACGGCGACGAUAACGACGAUGAGGAGGACGAGGAGGACGAUGAUGAGCCGAAGCUCAAGUAUGCGCGCCUCACGCAACACCUUGGACCUGUUUAUCGAAAUGGCGAUGCCACGAGUGCGUUCCUUGUGGCCGGAGACAAGAUGAUCGUCGGAACUCAUAACGGCAAUAUUCAUGUAGUUCAAUUGCCGGCGUUCCAGUCUCUGCGUGUUUACCACGCCCACUCCGCCUCAGUUACCUCCGUCUCGAUUUCUCCGUUCCCUCCUCCGCUCCCGAGCAUCAAGAUAGAAAGCGCCCUCAAGCCUGUCCCCAACAGCCCCUUGCGACCAGCGACCGCAACGACCGAGAGUCAUGCCUCCCCAGCCGCCGCCGCACGAAGGAUGAAGGAGUCCCCAGUGUUGAAUACUCCAUCCAACAGCAUCUACAUUGCCACAUCGUCUCUGGAUGGCAACAUUUGCGUGCAGUCUUUGGUGGACCCCAAGGAUGUGCAGCUGCGGAACUUUGCCCGUCCUGUGCAGGCAGUGGCUCUCUCCCCCGAGUAUAAAAGCGAUAGGACGUAUUUGUCUGGUGGACUUUCUGGCCAGCUCAUUCUCACCGUCGGUGCACCGACGGGUAGGUCUACAUCCAUGACGGCGGGCGCGACUGCGCAGGCCGCUGGCUGGUUGGGUGGGAUGGUUGGGGCUGGCAGCGGCAAGGACACGGUGCUACAUUCAGGCGAGGGCACCAUUAGCGCGAUCAAAUGGUCGUUGUCCGGGCGAUACGUGGUCUGGUUGAAUGAGCACGGCAUUAAGAUCAUGCGCACGAAGCUCCAUCUCGACAAUGCCGACGCCGAGGAGGCCUGGACACGCAUUGGGCACAUUGACCGGCCCCAAACCGAGGAGUGGGAGACGAUGGCUAGCGUGUGGAAAGGUCGGGUUGAGUGGGUUGACGAGCAGGCCGUCGAACCUGACGAGACCAGUCCAGAUCACACUGAACGUGCUCUGUCACCAGCGGCCGAGAGCCUGAAACAGCAGCAACUCAAAAACAUCAAGAAGAUCGAGAGAUUGCUCGUGGGGUGGGGCGGUACCAUCUGGAUCAUUCAUGUCCACCCUGGCGCCGUCGGGACGGGGAGGAACGCAGGGGAGAGGUCCGCUGGGCGGGCAGAGAUUGUAAAAAUACUUCGCAUGGAUUGCAUUAUUUCUGGCAUUUCGUUAUAUACCCAGAACUUGUUGUUGGUUCUUGCUUACUGUUUACCGGACCGCGAGGAGGAAGACGAAGACAGUCAACACACCCGGGGCCAUGGUCGCUCGCUAUCGGGAGCCUCUACCGAAAGUAGGCCUUCGGGUGGCAUCCCGCGAAAGCAAAACAACCAGCCCCCAGAGCUACGUCUUAUCGACCUCUCAUCGCAGGCGGAGGUGGAUAAGGAUGGGCUCACCAUCAGCCGUUUUGAGAGGCUAUCGUCCAACGACUACCACCUUGGCAUCUUGCCCGCGCAGAACGCGGCCGCCGCAGCAUCCUCCCGCGGUGCUUUGGAAACGCUUGCAGGGCUUGGCACCGAUGUGCUAAACGCUGCCCUGAACCCCAUGUCGCUUUUCAGCUCCGCGGCGAGUGUCAUGAGCAAGGGUAGCGACGGAGCCUCCGGAUCCAAUGUGCCUGCCUCAGGGGGCCGAGCCGGCCGCACCUCAGUGCAUCCACACCUCAUCAAGCCAGGCGUCAAGAUCUUUAUCCAUAGUCCGUAUGACUGUGUCCUUGCGACGCGACGAGACCUGAGCGAUCACUUGGCGUGGCUCCUCGACCACAACCAGUACCAACAGGCAUGGGAGCUGGUGGAUCGGCACCCCGAGGUGACGACAGGGGUUGCUGAUCUUAGCCCGACCACGCCACAGCACACGCAAAGCACGGAUGACUUUUACGACGACACGGCAUCGGUCGCCGAAGGCAUGCGGUCGUUCUACUCGUCAGCCGAAAAGGAGAAGCGGCGGAUUGGGGAGCUCUGGAUUCAAGAAAUCAUCGAGACCGGGGACUGGUCGAGGGCAGGGCAGAUAUGUGGAAAGGUUCUUGGCACGCCUGACCGGUGGGAGAAGUGGGUGUGGACGUUUGCUGGCGCGAACAAGUUUGAUGACAUCGUGAGCUACAUACCCGCCGAGCGUACGCGGCCGCCGAUGCCGGGGACCUUGUACGAGGUUAUGCUGGGGCACUACCUCCAAGCAAACAAACCCAAGUUCCGCGGGUUGUUGGACCGAUGGGCUCCAGACUUGUACGACGUGGGCACCAUAACGACCGCACUGGAGGACCAGCUCAAGUACCGGGAUGUGCGGGAAGACAGCGUGGAGGAUGGUGAAGUUGGCCGAGACUGGCGGAUCGUCAUCGAGAGUCUUGCCAAGCUGCACGAGGCAAACGGCAGAAACCGGGAAGCUCUCAAAUGCCACAUCAAGCUCCAAGAUGCCGACUCGGCCAUGCGGCUGAUCAAGGACGGCCACCUUGCUGACGCCGUAGCUGAUGACAUCCCGAGCUUUAUUGGCCUGCGCGUGCCCCAAGGCCAGGCCGGCAAAAUGAGCCAGGCUGAGCUCGAAGAUGCCACGGCUGAAGUGGUUACUUUGCUCGUCGACGAGGCACAGCACGGCUUGGUGAAGCCCGAGGUCGUCAUCAACCAACUGCAGGCGAAGAAGUUAGACCUGUACACCUUCUUCUACCUCCGCGGUUUAUGGCGGGGAGAGGGCAUCCACGAGCACUCGGACGAGUCGCGCGCGCGCCUCGUGACCGACAGCAAGUCCCUGGUCGACCAGUUCGCCGACCUUGCCGUACACCUCUUUGCCGUUCACGACCAAUCCCUGCUGAUGGACUUCCUCAAGACCUCGACCGCAUACGCAUUCGAAAAGGUAUGCCCUCCCCUAUUCUCCAUUUCUAACAAUUCACGCUGACCCGCCUCCCCAGGCUGCCCAAGAAUGCGAAACG